ACUUAAUAAUCACAUACGAAAUGUUCACUUAAAUAAGUAUGCGAAGGUAUGCGAUAUAUGCGGAAAAUCUGUAAGGAGCAGCGAUGUCUUUGAACGUCAUAUGUUAGAACACACGGGACAACCACCGCCGGAAGUAAGCUGUGACAUCUGUGGACUUAAAUUAAGCGGGCCACGUGGCUUGAAACGUCAUAAGAUGAUACAACAUCUUGAAGGUGGUAAACAAGAAUCAGUUUGCCCAAUAUGUUCGAAGGUAUCACCAAAUCCGUUCGCUCUGAAAAGACAUAUUAAAUUUAACCAUGAAAUGGCUAACAAUCAUAAAUGUACUAUUUGCGAAAAGGCUUUCAAACGGCAGACGACAUUAAUCGAACAUAUGACUACACAUACUAGCGAUGUUCUUUAUAUUUGUACCUGGUGUCCAAAAACUUUCAACUCUAAUGCGAACAUGCAUGCUCAUCGCAAACGUGUGCAUCCUAAAGAAUGGGCAGAACAUCACCGCAAAAAGUAUGCAGACAAUUUCGCCCUUAAUUUCCUGCCAUCAGGGCCAAAUAGUACGGAAAAGUUGCAAAUGCAAGCGUAGUUCGUAAAAACGGCUUUGCUUCAGUUUAAUUUAACUAGUGCGUUAGUUUUUUCCAUAACGUUAUUUUAUUAGUUCAUUAUUAUCAAUCGUUGUGAUAAAGUAAAUUUUUCUUAACAUUUCACGUCUCCUUUAUUAAUACUCGGAAAAUUUUAUUUUUGCCCCCCGGCGGCU